AUGGCCGUGUUAUUGAAGACGGUACCGCGAUUGCCAAUUGUUUUGCGAACUUUUUUGAAUCCGUGUAAUCACUUGGUAAUGGGAGCAGUAUUGGAAAGUCGAGGUGACAUUUUUAAUAGCAUUAAUUCUCUGCAUGACGGUUUUGCCCCGGGUGUGGAUGGCAUUCCUCCAGUUUUUCUUACAUCAUGUAACCUUGUAAUGUCGAGAAUGUUCUGGUUGAUUUUUGAGAAGUCUUUGUCGUGCGGUAUUUUUCCGAGCUUGUGGAAAUUGUCCAUUGUCACUCCAGUAUUUAAAGAUGGUGAUAGGUCUUUAGUCUCCAACUACAGAUCGAUAAGCAAACAAAACCCGAUGCCAAAGAUUUUCGAGAACAUUGUUGCCGGAAAACUCUCGGCGCUGUCAAAAAAUGCAUUAAUCGAUGAGCAACACGGCUUUGUGGCUGAUCGCUCUACUGUAACCAAUCUACUUAUUUACCAUGACUUUAUAAUUUCUGCCGUUGAGGAGAGCUCACAAAUUGAUGCGGUAUACACUAACUUUCGGAAAGCUUUUGACAACGUUGAUCACGCCGUAUUAUUACGCAAAUUGCAGGCAUUUGGGAUCGGCGGAUUAUGGUUGAAAUGGUUAUCGGAUUUUGUGACGGAUAGACUGCAGACGACUUGA